CUUUCUCCCGUAGUCCCUGCGCCCCGGCGGGCGGGCUCGUGGCUGGGGGAGUCUCUCCGCGGGCGUUUCGGUCAGGGUGUUAUAUAAUGAGGCUUUUACUAUGGCUAAUGACCCCUUGGAAGGUUUCCAUGAAGUAAACUUGGCUUCUCCUACUUCACCAGAUCUUCUUAGUGUGUAUGAGCCAGCAACUCAGGAGCAAACUACCUCACCAAGUGUUAUCUACCGGCCAUAUCCUCUGUGCGCAACACCUGUUCAGCCCAACACCUUAAAUGUUUCUGACCUUCCUACACAACCUGUUUAUUCGUCUCCCAGACAUUUAAAUUGUGGAGAAAUAUCGGGUAUUAGCAUCCAUAUUGCAGACUCAUUACCUUGUUCCACCUCUGGAGUCACAGCUGGUUUAACUAAACUGCCAUCCAGAAAGGAUAGCAACAGUGCCGAGAGAGAAUUUUUACAGGAUGCUACAAUAACAGAGAUUUCUGAUGGCAAUGAUGAUUUUUUUGGAUUGAGUACUGACAGUCUGUCUCGUUUACGGAGCCCAUCUGUUCUAGAAGUGAGGGAAAAGGGUUAUGAAAGAUUAAAAGAAGAACUUGCAAAAGCUCAGAGGGAACUGAAACUAAAAGAUGAAGAAUGUGAGAGGCUUUCAAAAGUCCGAGAUCAGCUGGGACAAGAAUUAGAAGAACUCACAGCUAGUCUGUUUGAGGAAGCUCAUAAAAUGGUGAGAGAAGCUAAUAUCAAGCAGGCAACAGCUGAAAAACAAUUAAAAGAAGCACAGGGAAAGAUUGAUGUACUUCAAGCAGAAGUCGCUGCCUUAAAGACACUUGUGUUGUCCACUUCACCAACAUCACCAAUUCAAGAGCUUCCGCCAAGUGGAAAGGCUCCUUUUAAAAAGGGACAUGCCAGAAAUAAAAGUACAAGCAGUGCUAUGAGUAGCAGUCAUCAGGACCUCAGUGUGAUGCAACCUAUUGUAAAAGACUGCAAAGAGGCUGACUUAUCUCUGUAUAAUGAGUUCAGAUCUUGGAAGGAUGAACCCACAAUGGACAGGACAUGCCCGUUCUUAGACAAAAUUUAUCAGGAAGAUAUAUUUCCAUGCUUAACUUUUUCCAAAAGUGAGUUGGCUUCAGCUGUUCUGGAGGCUGUGGAAAACAAUACCCUAAGCAUUGAACCAGUGGGACUGCAACCUAUUCGAUUUGUAAAAGCUUCUGCAGUUGAAUGUGGAGGACCAAAGAAAUGUGCUCUCAGUGGUCAGAGUAAGUCAUGCAAACACAGAAUUAAAUUAGGAGACUCAAGCAAUUACUACUACAUUUCUCCUUUUUGCAGAUACAGGAUCACAUCAGUGUGUAACUUUUUUACAUACAUUCGCUAUAUCCAGCAGGGACUUGUGAAACAGCAGGAUGUUGAUCAGAUGUUUUGGGAAGUUAUGCAGUUGAGAAAAGAGAUGUCAUUGGCAAAACUGGGAUAUUUCAAGGAGGAACUUUAAUUCUCUACACUGAGUAUGCAUGAACUUCACUGAAUAACUAAAAUGGCUGAAUUUUUUUAUGGUCACUUGAUAUUUAUUUCCAAGGAUUUGGGUCCAAGAUCUUUUAUCCUCUUUUGCAAAACGCAUUAAGGAGUACUGUGAUUUGUUUCAAACUGACACAUUCUGUGUAUGCUUAUGUAAAACUUUAGUUGAACAAACUAAGACAAAGAUUUGCAGGUGUACUUGUGAUUGUAAUUUAUAGUUGCAAAAAAAAUCUAAAUAAAUGUUAGAUUGAAGA